GGACCAGUCGGGCUGCACCUGCAUCCUUCGCUCAGAGCAUCCCUGGAGCAUCUUGGGAGGCGCCCGCAGCUGGCAGCCCCGGGCCCGGCCGGCGCGGAAGGUGUCCGCCAGCCCCCCCCCCCCGGGCCAGCGCUCUACCGCGGCGGCCUCGCUGCUGGCCGGGCGUCCCCACACCGGGCUGACCACCGAAGAAGCAUUUACAGCAAUAGCCUCUGAUUACGACAUGGCUGAGAUCACCAAUAUCCGACCCAGCUUCGAUGUGUCGCCAGUGGUGGCCGGCCUCGUCGGGGCGUCCGUGCUGGUGGUGUGCGUCUCGGUGACCGUCUUCGUGUGGACGUGCUGCCACCAGCGGGCGGAGAAGAAGCAUAAGACCCCCCCCUAUAAGUUUAUCCACAUGCUCAAAGGCAUCAGCAUAUACCCAGAGACCCUCAGCAACAAGAAGAAAAUCAUCAAAGUGCGGAGAGACAAAGACGGCCCCGGGAGGGAAGGGGGGCCCGGGAGCGUGCUGGUGGACGCGGCCGAGGCUGGCCUGCUGGGCCAAGACAAAGGCCCCAGGGGCCCCAGCUCCGGAACUUGUAUAGACCAGUUACCCAUCAAAGUGGACUAUGGGGAAGAACUGAGGAGCCCCGUCCCAAGCCUGACCCCUGGGGAGAGCAAGACCACUUCUCCGUCGUCCCCGGAGGAGGAGGUGCUGCUGGGGUCCCUCACCUUCUCGGUGGACUAUAACUUCCCGAAGAAAGCGCUGGUGGUGACCAUCCAGGAGGCCCACGGGCUGCCAGUGAUGGAUGAACAGACCCAGGGCUCUGACCCCUACAUCAAAAUGACCAUCCUUCCCGACAAGCGGCAUCGGGUGAAGACCAGAGUGCUGCGGAAGACCCUGGACCCUGUGUUUGACGAGACCUUCACCUUCUACGGCAUCCCCUACAGCCAGCUGCAGGACCUGGUGCUCCACUUCCUCGUCCUCAGCUUUGACCGCUUCUCCCGGGACGACGUCAUCGGGGAGGUCAUGGUGCCGCUGGCCGGCGUGGACCCCAGCACGGGCAAGGCACAGCUCACCCGGGACAUCACCAAAAGGAACAUCCAGAAGUGCAUUAGCAGAGGGGAGCUCCAGGUGUCUCUGUCGUACCAGCCCGUGGCACAGAGAAUGACAGUGGUGGUCCUCAAAGCCCGACACCUGCCGAAAAUGGACAUCACCGGUCUCUCAGGUAAUCCUUACGUCAAGGUGAACGUCUACUACGGCAGAAAGCGCAUCGCCAAGAAGAAAACCCACGUGAAGAAGUGCACUUUGAACCCGGUCUUCAACGAGUCGUUUGUCUACGACAUCCCCCCGGACCUGCUGCCUGACAUCAGCAUCGAGUUUCUGGUCAUCGACUUCGACCGCAGCACCAAGAACGAGGCGGUGGGGAGGCUGAUCCUGGGGGCGCACAGCGUCACGGCCAGCGGCGCGGAGCACUGGCGGGAGGUGUGCGAGAGCCCCCGCAAGCCCGUGGCCAAGUGGCACAGUCUGAGCGAGUACUAAUCCUGUCCUCCUCGCCUGAGCCCGGGCCGGGCAGGGCCGGUGGGGGACGCCGGGGAGAAGCAGACUUAAAACCUCAAUCUAGUUGUAGAAGAAGAUUUCUUACAAAAUAAACCCCACAGAGAACGCCCCACGUGACCACAGCUGCAGAUCAGUUCUUAGUGAUGAUUUCCCUCCUUCGCAAGGCACUAGAAAUUCUUUUUUUUUUUUAAUGGGGGAAAAAGAGAGGGAAAGGCCUCACCAGUCUAUAUAUAACAAUGUAACCUUAUACUUGCAUGUCUAAUACAAACUGAAGAAAUUAGCCUAACUGCCAAUAUCCAGUUACAGAUUUUGAUCCAUGAAAAUUGUGUUUUGUGCCGAAUUGUAUUUGCUGAUAACCUGAAAUUGGCCUCUUUUCACCGGGCUUUUCUGGAGAGGCACCGUCUCCCCCCACCUCUGCAGAUGAAUAGUUUGCUCCUGCGAGACCUCACGGCUUCAUCUUCCCCCCGUGUUCUCUGACACCCCUGCUCUCUGGCUGAGCCCAAGGCCCAGAGGUAGCGAGCUGGGGAACAGGCCGGGUGCACGAGGCAGGGUUUGCAGGGGAAGGAGGCGGCGAGGCGUCCCCGCGGGGAGGGGCAGGGGCGACCCGUGAUUGCUGCAUGGGGAGCACACGAGCACAGCAGGCUCACGAGGCAGAAUUCGGGGCUUUACGAACAGACUACCUCCCUGGAGGGAGCUUCAGAGACUGCGAGCCGGCUCUCGGGUGGCACCGCGGGCCCCAGGCGCUGCUGGUGGGCGUGGGCAGGACGGAGGUGACCGUCACCGCCUGCGGCUACGCCAGCCAGUGACUGGCCUUUAUUUUCCCAGAAAUGCUCACCACGGAGAAGCCGCAGCCCUCUCAGGGAGCUUCGAGGAGGCUUGCUUUGCUUCAUAAGGAAAAGGGCCUUGGGAAAUUAUUCUUUAUCCUUAAGGUUUUUCAACUGUGGCUCUUCAAAAUAACAAAAUAAGUAAAUGUGAGUUACUGAGCGAUUGAUCAAGGUAACGUGCCGUCCCUCAGAGCACAGUGCUUAGUUCUUGGAAUCACGGGUCAAGGCCAGGUGAAGGGAUGGGGGCGGCCCGGGUUGCCAGGGGGCCAGCGUCUUGCCGGGAUUCAAACUCAGGUCUCCUGACUCCCGCUGGGCCCUGGCUCUGACGCCGAGGCCUCCCGGAGGGCAGCCACCCGGUCCGCGGGCGGCAGGCCUUUCCUCCGGCCUCCGGAGGGGCUCACACGAGCGGCAGCCAGAACGAGGCUGCAAAGGGCCACUUGGGCAGGUCCCCACCCACAGGGGCGUCCCUGCCCUCGCUCUGAGGCUGAGGCGGCCGGGGGUACACGGACAGGGCGGCGAUGUUGCCUCUGACGUUCCCCGAGCUCUGGUGGAGUUAAGACCAGUCUGCUCCCCCUGAGUCCCUUUGUGGUUCUUUCUGAAGCCUGGAUUCUCGAUGGGCCGAGCAGGCCCCGAGCCCACGCCGCCAGCCCCACCCCCACUGACUCCCUGGCCCAGCAAGGAGUCCGCCCCGCGGUCUCCAGCCUAUACCCCGUGGAAUGUAAAUACUGUAUCAUACGUAGAAGAAAAUAAUUUUUGUUUUCUAAAAAUGCAUUUUGAGAUAGUUUAAUGUCAAUUGGACAGGAGCAUCCUGAAGCCCCAUUAGGAAAAAACCUAAAUGCUUCCUCUUCAUCGCCUUAAUGUCUGAAGAUCAGAAACCGCUGAGCACCUGCUCCCGUGUCCUUCCCAGAAGCAAUGCAGGGCACAGGCGAGAGUCUGGUCGUGGCCCCGCCGAGGGUGCCUGGACCUCGUCCUGCCGCGCCCUCUCCCCCCCCCCCCCCCCCCCCCCCGCCUCCAGGCGGCUUCCUCCCUCAUUCCCCGGGGCUGUUGAGCAGUGGGUGGCGAGGUGACAGGUUGGGGACCGGUAGUUCUGGGGGCCUGGAGUCAGUCGCCUCCGAGGAGGCGGACAGCACAGGGCUCCUCCCUCCUACCUCACGCCUGAUCCGUCGUGCCCCUUGGCUCUGCUGUCCCCAAGUUUCCUAGCUGCCUUCGGCUUUCACCCGCGUCCCUGCCGCGGCCACCUGCUAAGGGCGGGGGAGCAGCGCGUCCUCCUCAGAGUCCGUUGAAAGACAAGAGAGUCGCACCCUAGCGUUUGCACAAGGCACUCGUGGUCGGGAACGGGUUAGGGGAACGGUCACUUCUGAUUUUCCAAGAGUCGGUCCUUCUCUGCGGACAUCUUGGUUCCUUCGGGAAGACAAGAGUUCUUCUUAGGAACAACGGUCCCUUUCUGAGUCAUUCGUCCCCUCGGUUCUUCUCGGUGCAGUGCAGCCACGCGGCCCGGGGCCGGGAACGUGCACUAGGUAUGACAACAGAUAGAACUGGUCUGUGGGACAGGAGCGGCCUGCUCAGGACAGGGAACGGUACGAGUCCUUUUUCUUGGAAGGCUUUUACUAUGGCCACGACAGUGACAUUGCCCUCACCAUGGUCCUUCUCCGAUGUGGUCGUCUUUCUUUACCUUGUGUCUUCUCUUGUAAAAAUGAAACUCAAGAUAAAUGUGUCAAAUUAAAAAAAAAAAAAAGAAAAACCG